GAGACUCAAUCACUCUUUUCGUUGAACGCUUUGCUGAAUGAGGACUGUUCAUCGGGAUCCGUUUCAAUCCACGACAUAAAAUAUUAUAAAACGUUUACAAAAUGACUGAAACUCUUCAAUUAAGAGGAACGCUUCGUGGACAUAAUGGAUGGGUCACACAAAUUGCAACAAAUCCAAAAUAUCCGGAUAUGAUAUUGUCUUCUUCACGUGAUAAAACAUUAAUAGUAUGGAAGUUAACACGCGACGAAGCCUAUUAUGGUAUUCCUCAAAAACGGUUACACGGUCAUGCUCAUUAUAUUAGCGACGUAGUUUUAUCCUCUGAUGGAAACUAUGCUUUAUCCGGUUCGUGGGACAAAACUUUGCGCCUUUGGGACUUGGCUGCAGGUCGUACCACACGAAGAUUCGAAGACCAUACCAAGGAUGUUUUAAGUGUUGCUUUUUCUGUGGAUAAUCGUCAAAUUGUAUCUGGCUCCCGAGAUAAGACGAUCAAGUUGUGGAAUACUUUGGCAGAGUGCAAAUAUACCAUACAAGACGACGGACAUACAGACUGGGUCAGCUGCGUGCGUUUCUCUCCUAAUCAUUCGAAUCCUAUUAUCGUUUCUGCAGGUUGGGACAAAUUGGUCAAGGUCUGGAACUUGACAAAUUGCAAACUAAAGAUCAACCAUAGUGGACACACAGGAUACCUUAACACAGUUACCGUGUCUCCUGAUGGUUCGCUCUGUGCUUCUGGUGGCAAGGAUUGUAAGGCUAUGCUAUGGGAUUUGAACGAUGGGAAACAUCUUCACACUCUAGACCAUAAUGACAUAAUAACAGCUUUGUGCUUUAGUCCUAAUCGUUAUUGGCUCUGUGCUGCGUUUGGACCAUGGAUCAAGAUAUGGGACCUUGAAACGAAAGAGAUGGUCGAGGAACUGAAACCCGAAGUUGUAUCUGCGACGAGUAAAGCAGAACCACCUCAUUGUUUGUCUUUAGCAUGGUCUACUGAUGGACAAACACUAUUUGCUGGAUAUUCUGAUGACACUAUUCGUGUAUGGCAAGUUUCAGUAUCUAGCCGUUAAGUACUCUAUGUGCAAGUAAAACAAUAAAAAAAAAAAACGAAAAAAGCCU